CAGAAUUAAAUAUCAUCUGAAGUUUUGGGAGAUCGGACCACUCAGUGUGAUCAGUGCCGCAAAAUGACUUAUCGUGUCAAACAUUUACAUCUCUAUUAGCUUUACACGAGACUGCAAGAUUAUUAUGAUGAACUCCGACCUUUGCAUCCUGUGUUUAGUAAUAAUAAUAUUAAUGAUAAUGAUCGGUGUAGUGGUCAGCACAAAUGAGGUUGUUACAGACUGCAUUUCAUAUCAGUCUGAGUUCAUCAUGAAAGCUCCCAAAACAGAAAUCAAACGACAUGAUAGUUUGUUUAUAAAACUCAUUUGGCACCACGAUGCUGAUAAAUGUGCUAAAUGAAUAAUGAAUAAUAAAUGAAUAAAUAAGCUUUAACUGUACUUCACUGCCACUAUGAACAGCUGCUCAACUAAAUGCUCGCUUGUCGCCUUUUAUUUUCUCACGUUCCUCUUUAACCUGUCUGCAUUGUCACAGCUGUUCUCACAGGUUUUUACUGCUUGCAUGUUAUCCGUGUAAAUAUGUGGGAUUUUCUCUCACGGUGUAAGAUAAGAGAGUCCAGACCAGGACCAGAGAAUCAGAAGAUCAAGAUGAGACCGAGUCGAGACAAAGGUCUUGAAAAUGUGGAGUGGAGACAGAGACCGGUCUGGAGUACCAACACCAAUAGAUAGGCAGAUAUGUGAAGAGACUGGUCAGUAAACUCUCAGUUGAGUAAAUGCGGCUUCCUCCCGUCUUAAACUCUCACAACAUGAAAACCGUGACUCUUGCUCUCACCCUGGUUCGACACGGGGAAACGCCGUACAACAAAGAAGGACUGCUACAAGGCCAGGCGAUAGAUUCACCGCUGUCUGAAGUCGGGUUUCAGCAGGCCGAGGCUGCUGGACGAUACCUGAAAGAUGUGAAGUUCACCAACGUGUUUGUCAGCGACAUGCUGCGCGCCAAACAGACUGCUGAAGCGGUCAUGAAACACAACAGCAGCUGUUCAGGUUUACAGAUGGUGUGCGAUCCUUUACUCAAAGAGAGAAGCUUUGGGAUCGCUGAAGGGAGGCCGGUGAAGGAGUUGAGAGAGAUGGCGAAGGCAGCCGGGCAGGCUCUCCCAGAAUUCACUGCUCCAAACGGAGAAACUCAGGAGCAGGUGAAACAACGAGUCCAAGUGUUCAUGGGGAAAAUGCUGCAGCGGAUUGGCGCCGAGCACCUUCCCGGCAGAGCCGAGGAGGAUCGGUCCGAGGCCCCGGAUGCUGCUGCCGCGGAGGGGAAGGCGGACGACGGGCUCAGGGGCGUCCCGCUCCACGCUCUGGUGGUCACACACGGAGCUUACAUGCGCGUGGCCUUACAGUACUUUGUGAAGGAGCUGCACUGCAGUUUACCGCAGGAUUGUGACGAAGCACACAUGUUUUCCUUAAGUCCCAACACUGGUCUGUGCCGGUUUGUACUCGCCAUGAAAAGAGAGGACGACCGGUUCACGUUGUCUAGGAUGCACUGUGUGUUUGCACACAGGGGGGACCAUGUCAAGCAGUAGGAAGUGGAAAAUCAUUCCCCGCUGAAAAGCCACCAGUCAAUGUUUUUUUUCUUUCUUUUCUUUACUAUUAACAGUGUAGAUUCUCAAAACACAUUUUUCUAGUAAUCCAAAAAAGUUUCUGCUGCCACUCUUUGAUUUUAUUACUGCUUUGGUUUCAUGAGUUUUGUCCCCUGAAAUGGUUUUCACACAGUCUUGAAUGAGUUCCCGGAGAUGCUGAGCACUGCCUUCACUCUGCAGUCCAUCUCAUCAGAAACCAUCUGGACUGGGUUUAGGUCAGGUCGUCUGGUGCAAGACUCCAUCACUCACAAAUGAUGGUAUGAGAAAGCAAUAAAAAAUCCACAAAUGAACCCCGAGGAGGGCCAGCUGUGAAGUAAAACACCUUCCAGCUGACGGCCUCAUGAAACUCAUUGAGAGAAGCACUGUCAACAAAGCAAGGGGGGGCUUCUUCAAGAAAUCUGAACUACAAAACACGUUUUGAGUGAUUUCAAACUUUUUUAAUUUACUACAUAAUUCCAUCAGUGCUCGGUCGUAGUUCUGAUGCCUUCAGUGAGAAUCUACAAUGUAACAAGUCAAGAAAAUAAAGA